CCCCGUUAACGCCGCCGUGUCCCCGCAGGGCGCCGACGUGAACGGCAUGCACGGCACCCUGAAGCCGCUGCACUGCGCCUGCAUGGUGGCCGACGCCGACUGCGUGGAGCUGCUGCUGCAGAAGGGAGCGGAGGUCAACGCCCUGGACGGCUACAACCGCACGGCGCUGCACUACGCGGCCGAGAAGGACGAGACGUGCGUGGAGAUCCUGCUGGAGUACGGGGCCGACCCCAACGCGCUGGACGGCAACAAGGACACGCCGCUGCACUGGGCCGCCUUCAAGAACACGGCCGAGUGCGUGCGCUCGCUGCUGGAGAACGGCGCCCUGGUGAACGCCCGCGACUACAACGACGACACGCCGCUCAGCUGGGCCGCCAUGAAGGGCAACCUGGAGAGCGUGAGCGUCCUGCUCGACUUCGGGGCCGAGGUGCGGGUGGUCAACCUGAAGGGGCAGACGCCCAUCUCGCGCCUGGUGGCGCUGCUGGUGCGGGGACUGGGCACGGAGCGCGAGGAUUCCUGCUUCGACCUCCUGCACCGCGCCAUCGGACACUUCGAGCUGCGCAAGAACGGCAGCAUGCCCUGGGAGGUGACCAGGGACCAGCAGCUCUGCCAGAAGCUCACGCUGCUCUGCUCGGCCCCCGGCACGCUGCAGACGCUCUCGCGCUACGCCGUGCGCCGCAGCCUGGGCGUGCGCUUCCUGCCCGAGGCCGUGGAGCAGCUGCCCCUGCCCACCUGCCUGAAGGAGUACGUGCUGCUCCUCAGCUAGGCGCCGGGAGCACCCAGCUGGGCACCCGCGGGCGCUGGGCGAGCAGCGGGGACGCUCCGGAAGGCCCCGCGUCCUCUCCGCGCCUGCCACGCUUGCUCCUCGCGAGCUCCUUCGCUGCGUUUUCAGCCGCGCGAGGAGGAUCGACGCUCCCUCUAACGGAUGGCGAAGCCGUCGCGGCCGCGGGAUUAACCCGGUCCUUUUUUUUUUUUUCUUUGGUGUUUUGUUUUGUGCAUUUUUUUUUGUUGUUCCGCGGUGGGCAAAGCGAGGCUUUCCGGGCGAGACCAGCGAAAUCUCUCCCUUGGGAAGGACUCGGGGCGCCGCAGGGUACGGAGAGGCCCCGCGGGCGACCGCACGCCUCGAGCCCGUUCCUCCUGCAGCCCCCUGGGGCGAGCGCCCGCCUCACCGCGCACGGCACCCGGGGCUCCCCCUCGGACCCGGGGCUCCCCCUCGGACCCGGGGCAGCUUCGUUCACCCCCGUACCCCUGAGUUUUACGACGUAACGGUGCGUUAGGGACAGGAGGCGGGGAGCUGGAGGGGACGCAGCGCCCGCAGGAGCGAGAAGCCUCCGUGGGGCGCGAGGCCAGCGAGGGGAGGAGGUGCCCUGACGGCGCAGCACCGGGGCCCGGCGUCCCCGUGUCACCGGGGCGCAGCUCUCGCUGCUCUCUGCCCCUCCCAGAAAUUUGGCCACGAUUCCUGCGAAAGAAGAAAACGUUUCCCUGCCGUCCAGAAUGGCUCCGGGCACGAGAUGCUCCCGAGCAGGAGGCGUUGGCUCCCCUCUGCCGUCAGAGCUCUCGCUGGGGUUCUGCGCUGCCCCCUCCCCGCCUCGUGGCUGGUUUUAUUUAUGUGUGUUCGUACCGCGGGCGCGCCGAGGCGCUGGGAGCUGCUCCCCGGGUCGCUGCCUCUCGCUCCCGACGGUGGGCGAGGGGCGAAACCCCCCCGGAGCUCCGCUGCCCGCCCCGUCCCCAGCUUGUGUGCACAGAAAUAAACGGCUCCUCGCAAG